ACUUUUGUGUGAUUCAUAAUUUUGUUGAGUGACAAUUUAUUGAAUUGCCUUGCUCUGUUGCCAAUUAUUACUCCUUAACUCUUGUGAUUUCCAAAAUAUAUUUCAAACUGAAUGGAGAAAAUGUUACAAUUCUUAUAGAAAUCAAACUUUCCAUUGUUUACACGGUGUACGCAUUUCUUGUGCUAAUACCUGUUCUUCCGGCAAAAUGUCCAAAUGGCAAUCAGAGAGAAGCAUUCACGAAAUGUUGAAGGAUACACCACCACUCCGGGAGUCCAGUGACUCCAUUACAUCUGGAACAGAAGCCAAAUUCCCUACAUCGCGGUCUAUGCCUUUCCCACCAGCUUAUGCACCACCGGACGUGUCUCAAAAUGGAGCUGCAGGGAACAGCACGCUGCUGCGCGCCGGCUCCACCAAGCUGGAGUCACUCAAGAAUUGGAGUGUAUCCACA